AUGGAAGCUGAAGGCUCAGAAGACUCUGGCCGCCGUAAACCAGUCAUUAUUGACACUGAUGUUGACACAGACGAUCAGAUGGCAAUUGCUUUUAUGCUUGCUCAGCCGGAUAUUGAAGUGCUGGCCAUCACGGUGGGUUGUGAUGGCUGGUCCCAGCAGUGGGCAGGCGUCGUGAGCGUCAUGCGUCUGACCCAGUAUUUUGGUCAGCCAGGCAUUCCAGUGGCAUAUUCGCCAUUCUACAAUUCGGACACGCAAUUAAAUCUCAAGGAGCCUAAUGGAUUGCCUGACCCCACGUUGCUGGCCGGAACGGGCAAUUUCCUCAGUGAGUAUGUUGGCUUACCCUUCAACAUACGGCCACCCAGUUGGAUGUACACUGGCCUGUUGUUACAUGAGAAGUUGCGGAAGAGUCGAAGAAAAGUAGACAUCAUUGCAUUAGGACCUUUGACCAAUCUGGCGCGCUUUCUACAGGAGUCCCCCAGACUUUUCAAGAGGAAAGUGAAUCGCAUCUACUUCUCAGGGGGCAUCGUGGUUCCCAGAUCCAGUAGCCCAACUGACAAGGUAUGGCCUUACUCUGCCCCUGGCACCUCCUUCACUGGAAAACCACCGCACACAGAGUGGAAUGUUUUCAGUGAUCCAAUUGCCGCCAACUCAGUUUUCUCUUUUGGCAAAUCUCUGGUUUUGGCAACUUCCACCUACACUGAGGGCAUGCAGUUCUACCUCAACGACACCGAUUUCAUACCAGCAUCCUGUGACAGUGACAGGGCUGCUGUCUUGACAAAAAUGGUGACGACUAUGCCCAUUGCAGACGGUGAGGCUGUGGAUGAUCUCCGCUACUGGGAUGAGUCUGCCGUGGUGCUAUUUGUACAGAUGAUUCGGAAUGGUGGAAGGCAAGAGGCAGCUGUCUGUAAAGAGUGGGACAAGAAACGCUUCUCGGGCUGGCAACAACGCCUCUGUCAGUGGAGGGCAAUACGCUCGCCUUUUAGAGAAUGGUUUUGGACAAGAGGCCGUCGAGUGCUUGAGAGGUAA